UCCCAUAAAUACUGUUCCUCACUGACUUCAUUGUGCUCCGCCUCCUCCUCGGCGUCCGAACCCAAACCAAGAAACCGUUCUUGACCUCUGGCUCCUCAUCCACCACGGCGGCGGCUGCGGCGAAGAUCAUGUAAAGCUCGUCGGACCGUCUCAGAUCCUUUCGUGGCGCUGCUCGUUUCGGGUUCUGCAGCUAUUUUUUUUCUUGUAGAUUCCGGUCGGAUGGAAGGCGGUGACGGCCCCGGAUUCGACAGCGCGCCCAUGAAGAGGCGCCGAAGCAGCGGGGCGAGGCGGCCGAGGCAGGACGGCGGUCCGGCCGCGGAGCCGCGGGACAACACCUCGCCUUCGUCGUCGUCGAUGUCGCCGAGGAGCGGCUCAAGGAGGCUGUUGCCUUUGGAUGAGAACGCCGCCGGUCCCGACGGAGGGCUCCAGAGGCGAGAGUUUCACCUGAACGCUCCUUCGCCGGAGCGUGUGACCCAUGGGGGUAACCGGCUGCGUUCCGAGGCCGCGGGCAGUAGCUCCAGAAAGAGUGAGAGUAGCCAUGGUGCUCAUGUGUCUGAGGGGAAUCGUGGUUCGUCCUCCACCGGUGACAAAUCACGGAAGUUGAAGCUCAAGAUCAGUCGUAACGUGUUAUCGAAACCAAACCCUGAUACGUCGUCAGAUUCCAGGUCUUCGCCUGCGAAGCCUCCACGGCCAGGAGAUUCACAGCACCAGCAAAAGCAUGGUAAUCUGACUGAAGGCAGAAAAGAUCCCGAUAGGUCAACCUCUUCGCGAGACAAGAAAACCAGAAAAGAGAGGUCAAUUGAAGAAACAUUGGCUCAGGAACAACCAGCCAAAGUUCAGAGAGAACUGCCUUCAGAACCUCUCCGGAAGAGUAGGAGGAUUGCUAAGAAAUCCAUCUUGGACAGUGAGUUAGAUGAGGACUAUGAUACAAGUAACCUUGAAAAUCUUGGAACUCCUGAAGACAUGGAGGGUCACAAUCGUGGGCAUAAAAACAAAGUAGAAAGUAGCUCUAAGAAGAAUGCCUCGAAGAGAGUGAAAAAUAUGAGCAAGGUAUAUGAGGUCGAUAAUGAUUUUUUUACUUCCAGAUCUAGUAGAGAUGGCAAGAAAAGGUCAAGAGAAUCAACGGAUGGUGAUAAUACUGAAGAGGAACCUACCUCUGAUAGCGAACUUGAUGCCGAAAACAAGAAGCAAAAACCAGUCAAUGAAUCACCCGCCAAUGUUAGAAGUGAACCUCUCACAACACGUCGCCGUGCCCUUCAAUCAUGGAUGGAUGGGAGCAGCAAUAGCACUGUUGAGUUUCCUGAUGGUUUACCUCCAGCUCCUUCGAGAAGUAAGAAGGACAAGCUUUCUGAAGAGGAGAUGCUUGCAAAGAAGGCCGAGGCUGCUCAGCGGCGCAAGAUGCAAGUGGAAAAAACUACUAAAGAAAGCGAGGCUGAAGCUAUAAGGAAAAUAUUGGGCCUGGACUCUGACAAGAAGAAAGAAGAGAGGAAGCAAAAGGAGCGAGAAGAGAAGGAGCGGGCUACCAGAGCACAAAACCUUGCUGCUAGCUCAAUCCGCUGGGUCAUAGGGCCCACCGGAACCGUUGUUUCAUUCCCAGAUGCAGUAGGCCUCCCCAGCAUCUUCAACUCCAAGCCUGUCAGCUAUCCUCCCCCAAGAGAGAAAUGUGCUGGGCCGUCAUGCACAAACGCUUACCGGUACAGGGACUCCAAGCUGAACCUCCCCCUCUGCAGCCUGAAGUGCUACAAAGCUGUCCAUGAGAAAGCCUGAUGGGAUUCUGGAAACAUGACGAGUUCAUCUCGCAACCAUCAAGUUCUAGCCAAUGAAUGGUUGAAAUAAGACAUGGGUGAUUUUUCCUGAUGGUGCACAUUUGUGCUUGACUUCUAAAAGAUGCAAUAAGCGCCUGUAUAAAUGUAUAACUACAUAUAGAUUUGUGUGUAGAGCUCUAGAAGAUUUUAUUUGGAGGUUAUGAUGAGAUGUACGGGAUGUUAUCCCACGAUGCCUGUGUUGCAGAUAUUAGACAUACAUUCAUGUAAUGAAAUAGCAGAAUAAAUUUGUUUUUUU